CCCCACACGGUGGCCGUCUCUUCGGGUGAAAGCUGUCUUCUCUGCGCCACUGGUCCGACAAAACGUUGCUGUAGCAGAGCCAGUCCGCACCGACCUAAAGCAGAGCAGACCCACAGUAGAGAUCCCGUACACACACGGAAAAUCCUUUUUUUGUUCUACCGAGUGGCUUUGAUUUGCAUAUCCACUUCCACUCCUUCCUCAUUUGCAUACAGCAAGAAUGGCGAGCGGGCAUCCCACAGACAAAUUCAGUUUCAUGUAUCAACCAGACACGCACAAGAGUAAGAACAGGUUAGCUUCAGCUAUGAAUCCAGUCUACAGCCCCGUUCAACCUGGCACCCCAUAUGGAAACCCUAAAAACAUGGCCUUUACCGGCUAUCCAGGAGGGUAUACUGCCACAGCUCCCACCUAUACACCCAACCUCUAUCAAACGGGCAGUCCUGGGUAUCCACCAGGAUAUACUUCAGCAGGCACCCCGUACAAAGUGCCUCCGACUCAGUCAAAUGGAGCGCCUCCUCCCUACACCCCCACCCCCACCCCGUACCCAACAGCCAUGUACCCCAUUCGCAGUGCCUACCCUCAGCAGAACCUAUACGCACAGGGAGCAUACUAUACCCAGCCAGUGUAUGCGGCUCAGCCACAUGUGAUUCAUCACACCACCGUGGUGCAGCCUAACAGCAUCCCCUCCACAGCCCUCUACCCUGCCCCCGUCCCUGUCCCUGCUCCUCGCAACAACGGCAUGGCUGCCAUGGGGAUGGUAGCUGGGACAACCAUGGCCAUGAGCGCAGGGACCCUGCUGACAACGCCCCAGCACGCCCAGAUUGGAGGACACCCAGUUACUGUGCCAACCUACAGGGCCCAAGGGACACCUGGGUACAGCUACGUACCACCUCACUGGUAGAGCCCACCCAUCAUAUCUGGAGUCCACCAUCGUAUGCAACUGCUCAAAUCUUACACGGGCUCCCACUGGUAACCAUGGGAACUCAACACCUGUCUGCAAGAACAAAACUAAAGUGCAACAGCCACUUUACUAUUAUUGUUAUUGUUAGUAUGCGACAUUCUAACGUUUUUACAAAAGCUGCUUUUAUUUUUUUCUCUGUUCAUUUGCCAACCAGUCAUUACCUUAUUUUGUAUGGCUUUUUUUUAUUUUAUUUUUUAUUUUAUUUCCUCAUUUUCUGUUGUGUCUGUCAUUGGAACUCCAGAAGGACUCUUGACCAAUCACGGGCGUCAGUUGCUCCUGUUUCUGUGUUGUGCUGGUGUGUGUGUGGUCCUUCCUCAGGUCAGUUGGCUGGAAAAUAUUGGGCACUUAAACUCAGAAGUGCACUCAUUAUCAUCUCCAUCAGUCACAACAAAGACUUAUUGACUUAAGCUGCCACAUUUCUAACAACUAGAUAUCAGCACAGGGUUUUAACAUAAUAAGCAUUUAGUUUUUUCCGGUUAUUUAAUUUUUUGAUAUUCUUACUUUUACUCAUCUGAAUUACUUUUUUUUUUUUUCUUUAGACUUUUCCUACCCUUUGUUCUUCCCUUCUCUUUUAUCCUUUUUUCCGCAUUGUUACAUUUUCAGUUUAAUCUCAGUCGGCUUCCAGCACCUAGCUGUCUGUUGGGCGGUAGUCAGUCCAUCAUCCCUGCCGUUAAAUGUCUGUGAGUGCUGUGGGCAGAUCACUCACCCACCAUUACCCAUGCUGCUGCUCACUGUGUCCACAUUAGCAUAGCACACACUAAGAAAACUUCACCUGCUACAGACGAGACAGGCUAGGAUGUUAUGACGUCUGAUGAUGUUAUCGGAAUCUUAACCGUAACCUGUAACACUCUUUAUAAUAACCAUGUCAACAGUAUUGGUGGACACACACACACACUCACACACAGGGGCUCCUGUGUUGUGUC